AUGCAGUCAAUCGUCUUGCUGCUGGGCCUCUUUGCCGACGCCAUCUCCGCCAGUUCCUUGGGGCAACAGCCGUUGGGCCACACCAGUUCAACAGAGCUGCCUGGGCAGCUGGCGGAGGGUUUGCGCAAACCUGUACGCGGACGAUUCCUGCAUAUAACUGAUUUUCAUCCCGACCGCCUCUACAAGCCCGGAACCUCGAUCGAUCGCUCGUGCCACCGUGGGAACGGCCCCGCAGGGUAUUUUGGAGCUGAGGGCACAGACUGCGAUGCACCCCUUGCCCUUGUGAACGAGACCUUUCGCUGGAUUGAAGAAAAUUUGAAGGAUGAGAUUGAUUUUGUGAUUUGGACCGGUGAUUCUGUCCGACACGACAAUGACGAAAAGCUCCCUCGCACGGCAGAUGAGAUUAUGGAGUUGAAUGCGUUCCUAUCUCAAAAAUGGAUUAGCAUUUUUGGCGAGGAGGAAGAUCGUGAGGCCUCGAAUACCGUGCCCAAGAUGUUGAUCCCUGUGAUCCCGACAUUCGGUAACAACGAUAUCAUGCCCCACAACAUCUUCACGGAGGGACCGAACAAGUGGACGAAGCGCUUUGCGGAGAUCUGGAACCAGUUCAUUCCAGAAGAUCAGCGUCAUACCUUCGUUGAGGGCGGUUGGUUCACCACGGAGGUGGUUCCCGGUCGGCUAGCGGUCAUCAGCCUAAACACCAUGUACUUCUUCGAUUCCAAUAGCGCGGUGGAUGGAUGCAACGCCAAGUCGGAACCUGGAUACGAGCACAUGGAGUGGCUGCGGGUGCAGUUGAAAAUUCUGCGCAGUCGCAACAUGAAAGCUAUUCUCAUGGGUCAUGUGCCCCCGGCCCGAUCAAGUGAGAAAAAGAACUGGGAUGAGACCUGUUGGCAAAAAUAUACGCUUUGGAUGCACCAGUACCGUGACAUCGUUGUCGGCAGCUUUUACGGUCAUAUGAACAUUGACCACUUCAUGCUCCAGGAUAGCAACAAGGUCAACAUUGAUUCAAAGGUUGAUAGGAUGGUGUCAACCAGCUCAAAAACCAAUUACCUCCAGUCGCUCCGAAACCAAUGGUCCUCAUUGCCAUCUCCUCCGUCCGGCAUUUUUGAGGAGCUUGACUCCACGUUGAACUCAGGAGACUUCUCGGGAGUUGAGCUGGCGAAGAAUUACAAGAGGGGAAAAAAGAAGGACAAGAAGAAGCAGAAAUUCUUGGACAAGAUUGGAGGCCCCUGGGCAGAACGAUACAGCGUAUCGUUAGUUGCUCCCAGUUUGGUCCCCAACUUUUUCCCCAGCCUACGCGUGAUCGACUACAAUGUCACGGGAUUGGACGGUGUCACGUAUGAUGUGGAUUUCCUCACAUACGAAGUUGACGACACAAAAUCCGGAGUCGAGAAUGCCGCGAUUGAUACGCUGGAAUCCGGCGACGAUUCUCUGAUGUCCCCUGAGACUCAAACGAAGAAAAAGAAAGGCAAGGACAAGAAGAAGACACCCAAGUUCAAAGCCCCCGAGCCCCCCUCGUCAACCGCUCCUCCUGGCCCUGCAUAUUCGAAUCAGCCCUUCACAUUGCUUGGCUACACUCAAUACUACUCCAAUCUAACUAAACUUCAUGAAAAUAUCGCGGCAGGUGAACGAGGCGAUGAUCCUCGUAUCGACUACGAGGUCGAGUACACCACAAAUGAUGACGUGUAUCAAAUGAAAGACCUCACAGUACGCAGCUUCUUCCAACUUGCAGCCAGAAUUGGCGAUGAAGGAGUCGACGACAAGCACCUUGAUGACAUCAGUAGUCAAGAUGUUGAUGCCGCUGCUAGGAGAAAGAAGCCAGUGAACAACGUUUGGCGGACUUUUUUGAGGCGCGCAUUUGUGGGAUUCCCAGUUGAUGACCUAAACGAAUAG